GGCUGUCCCUUCUUGGCUGGGAAGGGAGCUGCAGAAACGACACUGAGGACUGGCCCCUACAUGAGCUGCGACUCCGAGGCCCCUGCUACCACUACUGAGAUAACGGGGGUCCCAGGCUAGGAGGCUCAACAUGGGCAGCCCCCAGAGCAGCUCCCUGCAGUUUGGGCCAUCUGCACCCUUCCCAAGGCCCUGAGUCUUCAGCCCCUGGGUUCACUGAGGUCAGAAGUGGGAGCUGUGCUGUGGGAGGCUGCCCGGACGGCACCCUGCAAGCAUGGCGCUGCUGAAAGUCAAAUUUGACCAGAAGAAGCGGGUCAAACUGGCCCAAGGGCUCUGGCUGAUGAACUGGCUCUCCGUGUUGGCCGGCAUCGUCAUCUUCAGCCUGGGGCUGUUCCUGAAGAUUGAACUCCGGAAGAGGAGCGAAGUGAUGGAUAAUUCAGAGAGCCAUUUUGUGCCCAACUCCUUGAUAGGGGUGGGGGUGCUGUCCUGCGUCUUCAACUCUCUGGCUGGCAAGAUCUGCUAUGACGCCCUGGACCCUGCCAAGUAUGCCAAGUGGAAGCCCUGGCUGAAGUCAUACCUGGCCAUCUGUGUUCUCUUCAGCAUUGUCCUCUUCCUGGUGGCCCUCUGCUGCUUCCUAAUGCGGGGCUCCCUGGAGAGCACCCUGGCCCAUGGGCUCAAGAAUGGCAUGAAGUACUACCGGGACACAGACACCCCCGGCAGGUGUUUCAUGAAGAAGACCAUCGACAUGCUGCAGAUAGAGUUCAAAUGUUGUGGCAACAAUGGCUUUCGGGACUGGUUUGAGAUUCAGUGGAUCAGCAACCGCUACCUGGACUUUUCCUCCAAAGAAGUCAAAGAUCGCAUCAAGAGCAACGUGGAUGGGCGGUACCUGGUGGAUGGCGUCCCCUUCAGCUGCUGCAACCCCAGCUCGCCGCGGCCCUGCAUCCAGUACCAGCUCACCAACAACUCGGCACACUACAGCUACGACCACCAGACAGAGGAGCUCAACCUGUGGGUGCACGGCUGCAGGGCCGCCCUGCUGGGCUACUACAGCAGCCUGAUGAACUCCGUGGGUGCUUUCACGCUCCUCGUCUGGCUCUUUGAGGUGACCAUCACGGUUGGGCUGCGCUACCUGCACACGGCGCUGGAAGGCUUGUCCAACCCCGAAGACCCUGAGUGCGAGAGUGAGGGCUGGCUUCUGGAAAAGAGCGUGCCGGAGACCUGGAAGGCCUUUCUGGAGAGCUUGAAAAAGCUGGGCAAGAGUAACCAGGUGGAAGCCGAGGGCGCAGACGCAGGCCAGGCCCCAGAGGCCGGCUGACGGCCCCAGAGCCCCUCCCCUCCUGGACACUGAGUAGUGGACUCCAAGAAAUGUGGAUGCCCCCCCGUCCAACCUGAAUCUCCCAAGGAGGGCGGCCAUCUUACAGAGACUCUUCUUGAUGGUGGGAUUUAAAGUUCUGAGUCCCUAAAAGCAUUCGGCAAACAUUUGUUGAACGACCGACUCAAAAUGUGAGUGAAUGAGCGCUGGAUCAGGCCCACCGCCCUAGGACAUGCCCUCAUGGUGGAUUCAAGGGGCCCUCAGCGGAUAACUCGUCACAGCACACGAAUUCAGUUCCACCCUGAGGCUACUGGCCACACCUGAGGGCUACUCCCCUUUGACGAAUUUGCCAUUAUGAGCUCCAAGUUGCUUCAUUCUAUAUCCAAAGUGUCACUUGGUGCAUAAGCACAGGAGUGUGAAAAAGGUACCAGCUGUGUUGUCACUUUUUUCAAAUGCCAAGAUCGAAAGGUCAGCCCUUUUAUUUGUUUAACUGCAAAUAACUGGGGACAGUUAUACUUUUCUGAGAGUAAUGGGCUUUCAAAGCACUGAGGGCUUAAACGAGGAAUUCUUCAAUCAUGGGGCAAGAGAACUUAAAGACAGGGAAUUAUUUUCCCCCAACAAAAACACAGUGAAUGGCCUGCUUUUGUGUCACAUUCACAUGCUCUCAGUCACUUUAGCCAGGAGUGAGCCGUGGGCUGAGGAAG